AUGAAUCGAAGACAAGGAGAAAAAGACAACGGCAAGAACAUAAUCUUAUCUUGCGAGAAGCGGAAAGCAGAUGACAGCGAAAUCAACAAAGACUUAAAAAAGGCUAAAUUAGAAACGAAGGCUUUAAAAGCAAAGAGGCCCGGCUUCACGGACGACAGAUACAACGAGACAUCAUAUUACAUGGAAAAUGGUCUUAGAAAAGUCUACCCGUACUAUUUCACGUUCACGACCUUCACGAAAGGGAGAUGGGUCGGAGAGAAGAUCCUCGAUGUCUUCGCGAGAGAGUUCAGAGCGCACCCUGCAGCGGAAUACGAAAGGUGCAUCAGGGCCGGUACCCUCACGGUCAACUAUGAGAGGGUCGACCCUGAUUACAGACUCAAACACAACGACCUUCUAGCGAACGUAGUGCACAGGCACGAAGUACCGGUCACCAGCCAACCCAUCACCCUCGUUCAUAUCGACGAGGACAUUGUGGUUGUCAACAAACCGGCCUCUAUCCCCGUGCAUCCGUGCGGUCGCUACAGACACAAUACCGUUGUUUUUAUCCUCGCGAAGGAAUACAACUUGAAGAACCUGAGGACCAUCCACAGACUGGACAGGCUCACGUCAGGACUUCUUCUGUUCGGGAGGAGUCCGAAGAAAGCUAGACAGAUGGAGCACCAGAUUAGGAACCGACAAGUCCAGAAGGAAUACGUCUGCAGGGUCGACGGAGAAUUUCCUGACGAGGAAAUAGAAUGUCAAGAGCCAAUAGAAGUGGUCAGCUACAAAAUAGGCGUGUGCAAGGUGUCUCCGAAAGGCAAGGACUGCUCGACUGUGUUCAAGCGACUUGGAUUCAAUCAGGCGAACAACACUAGCGUGGUGCUCUGCCGCCCGAAGACCGGUAGAAUGCACCAGAUCAGAGUUCACCUGCAGUACCUAGGUUACCCGGUAGUAAACGAUCCCCUGUACAACCACCCUGUGUUCGGUCCACUGCGCGGUAAGGGCGGCGACACCGGCGGCAAAACUGACGAGCAACUAGUCCGGGAUCUGAUCGCCAUCCACAACGCCGAGAACUGGCUCGGUGUUGAUGCUGCUGAUGACGAUUUGCUGUUCUCGAAGCCGGCGCCCGAUGAUAAAGUUGGCGAAGACGACUGCGACACAGGACCCGCUUCCAGGGAGUCUUCACCGAGAUUAGAUUCGCCAGCGCCCGGAGUGACAGCCUCUACCGUCAUGACUCCAACUCUAGCGAGUCCGUCGAGCGGCGCUGAGGCCCCGGCGGAGGAGUCACCUCGCGCGCCACCCUCUCCCACCCCCCUCGCGACGCUCCCUAUCAAUGAAGACUCUAACGAUGCCAAGUCAGACAAGGUGACGGUGGCGACGCAGACGGGCUGCGCGGAGACCGCAACGAGCGCGGCGGGCGCGGCUGAGGUCAUCGACCCGCACUGCUACGAGUGCCGCGUGCGGUACCGCGACCCGCGCCCGCGCGACCUCGUCAUGUACCUACACGCCUGGAAGUACAAGGGCCCGGGCUGGGAGUACGAGACGGAGCUGCCGCAGUGGGCGAGCCUAGACUGGGACGAGCCGGAGAACUCAUAGUCCCGCGCCGCGACGCCGCCCCCUCCACAUCUCUAGACCAUUCAAAUGAACUUCAAGACCAAAUUGUAAACAUUAUAAUUAUAGGACUUCCGUAUGUAGUAGCUUAUAUAUAGAUAUUGAUGGUGAAUUAACAAUUAAGAUUUUUUGUUUGUUUGUUAAAAACAUUGUAUCUGAUCGUGUUGAAGUUUAAAUUUAAAAAAAAGGUCGAUAAUCUAAACUCACCGGUGUCAUUUCAGCAUUCCGCUGAGUUAAAUUGAAAAGUGAGGUUUUUAGUGUAAGAAAAAAACACAUUUUCACUGAUGCCUUUGUUUGAAAAACAUUUUUGUGUUAAAAUUGUUUUUUCGUUUUAUUUUUUUUAUUUUUAUGUAUACAUAUAUUACGACUCGCAACUUGUUGGAGAUCGGGUAUUAGAGAAAUCUAAUCUUACAAUUUCGAUUUUGUAACGUCGUCUCUGCCGCACAACGGAAAAUUUCUCGUGCGCGACAGAGAUGAAGCUCUACAGAUCUGGAAUUUUCGACUUUGGUUGCAGCCGAAAACUUCUUAAACUAAUAUUUGGAUUGGAUUUCAGUUCCUAUUGGCUUAGAAUAAUUCUCAGUUCGUUUCGAAACAUAAUUAUUAUACGGAGGGGUAAAAUUUAGCGUGUUUUUUUUUAAUGGUCAAUACUAUUAAAAAUAUAUCGAUCAUUCUACUGAGGCAGGGUUAUUAUUGGUAUCACACGUCAAAUUAAAGUGAAAAGGUUUUCAGAUUUCUCACGAUUAGCUAUUCAGAGAGUAAAAAGUAAAUUCGAUUUAUACAUAUUAACCGUUUUAGUAUGUGCUGUGCUUAAUACACGUGUAUUUUAUUACCAAAAAUCAAAUAAAAACAACGCGAAAUUACUAAUUUGUAUAGGACGCUAAAUCUGGG